AUGGCAACAGCAACUGAAAACCACUCUCGCGACACCACCCCGCCCACGGAACAUCAUAAGGGCUUCCACCCGGUCCACAUCGAUCCCAGCCCCCUUUCUCAUGCUAGAAGCAAUAAUGAGUUACGUCUCGCUGCUUUCGGAGGCGAGUAUCAGCCCGGAUUGUAUCGACCACCACCGCGGAAAAUUGCCAAUCCGGCUCCCCUGGGCUUGUCGUGCUUCGGGCUGACGACAUUUAUCUUGUCUCUGAUCAACAUUGGCGCUCGUGGCGUCCACCACCCGAACAUUGUCGUGGCCGUUGCCUACGCCUAUGGAGGGCUGGUUCAGCUGCUUUCAGGGAUGUGGGAGUUUGCUGCUGGGAACACUUUUGGUGCGACGGCCCUUUCCUCAUAUGGUGGCUUCUGGAUCUCCUUUGGCAUUAUUCUCACUCCUGGUGGGUUCGAGAUCGUUGAAGGACUCGAAGCCAAAGGUGUCGAUCAAUUCUACAACUCUUUUGGAUUCUUCUUGACUGCUUGGAUAAUUUUCACUACUAUGCUCCUUAUCCUCACUCUUCGAUCUACACUGGCGUUUUUCAUGCUGUUCUUCACACUCGACAUCGCAUUUUGUUGUCUCGCAGCGGGUUACUUCAACUUCGAUGAAGCUGGCCCGAACGCGACAUGUAUCAAGGUCGGCGGUUGGUUCGGUGUCAUUGCCGCUUUUCUCGCGUGGUAUAAUGCAUUCGCCGGAAUGGCGGACGACACGAAUAGCUUCUUUGUCGCUCCAGUCAUGCAUUUCCCGUGGAGCGAGAAGGCGAAGGAGAGGAAUGCACAAGCGACAGCCGACUUGGAGAAUGGCGUUCAUGGGACCAAAUCGGAUUAG